CCACCACAACUCGGCUCAGCAACUGAUGAAACGCUCUUUGUUUGCUCGCAAUGUAGCGAAAGCACGCAUGCACACGUACACUACAAAACUAUAAUGCUUUUACCCCACAAAACCUGAGGUUCUGACCAAAUAGUCAUGCUAAAUGCAUUUUAGUUUACGGACAAGUUUCAACGUCAACGGACCACAAGAGAAAUGGAAUCAAAGAAUAGCAUAUAUCCGGAGAUGCAAGAGGCGCCACCACACUACGGUGAACUGGGCAGCGCACCCACAAUGAUACCGUCUGAGACAACAAUGUCAGCGCCCGGGAUGACUCCAGCAGUGAUAAAUGUGACCCCACAGCAGCCAGUUUUUAUGGUGCAAACUCAAAACAAUCUGGGAAAAAAUCCGACUCUCGCUACGUGCCCCUCUUGUCAGGAGCGUCAGAUGACAAUUGUGAAGUACGAGCCGAGCACAAAGACUCAUCUCUUUGCGCUUGCUAUUUGUCUAGUCGGUGGCAUUUGUUGUUGCUGCAUUCCUUACUGCGUAGACUCAUGUCAAAGCGCCGUGCACAGCUGCAAGAACUGUGGUGCUUUUGUGGGAGCUUAUCAAAACUAAAACUUGAUAUCGAUUCAAAUUUUUAUAUAUAAUUAUCCGUUACUGGC